CUGCCGCCUCGAUUGCCCGUUCUUAAUUUAAAAUUUUAACGUUGGCAAAAAACGACCGCGUUUGUUUUAAUCGGUCUAUCGUGGAGGAUGUGUUUUUGAAUUAAAAACACCUAGUGAGUUUGUGAUCUGUGCUUUGUUUUGAUCAGAAAAAUGUUUCGUUUAACGAUUAUUCUGUCAUUAGCGACGUGCAUCACUGCAGAAACCUGGUUAUCGAGAAACUCAGCGGCCACCGACGCCCAAAUUCGCUUCGCGAUAGAAAACAAAUACGAUCACACAGGCCCCGGUGCACAAGGGCCUGAAUAUGCGUACAAAACCUACCAAAAUCUAGAUGAAGCUAUACUCGCCUACAUGAACGACCCAGACACACAACUACCAGAAUAUGAAAAAAACAGAGCGGUUCAUAAAUUCACACGACCCUCUUACUAUCCACCAUCCAACAGCAUUAAUAGUAUCGAACCUAUUCCUAGAUAUCAACCAAAAACUGUCGAUGAAUAUACUGGUUAUAAACCCCCGCAAAUCCAAAACCAAAACAUCCCAGAAUACGCUACUUAUAAGCCUCCAAGUAUAGUAAACCAAAACGUUGUCACCGACUACACAGGUUGGAAACCCGCACAGCUCGUAAACCCCAAAAAGUCUAUUGACGAAUCUACAUACUAUAAACCCAGACCAAGUGAAAUAAGCUUGAAUAACUACCCAAAACUGUACAACAAGUUUGGUUUACAAAGGAUAAACAAUGAGGUCCGUCCGGUGCAUCAUGAGAACUCGCCAGCACGUUUAGCAGAACCUGGGCAUGAGGAGUACGAUCCACAUCCCCAAUAUUCCUUCUCUUAUGGAGUUCAUGACAAAGGUACUGGUGACUCCAAGUCAGCUCACGAGACACGUGACGGCGGCACCGUGCGCGGCUACUACACUUUUAUGGACGCGGACGGCAAGCAGCGCACUGUACACUACACCGCUGACGAUAAGCUAGGAUUCAGAGCCAGCGUGCAGCGCACUCACACAAACACUCAAUAGACCUGACACGGAUCGCCGUGGGGUCUUCAUCUUCAUAGAGCAGCGCACCAUGCUCUAUCUACAUCGCCGACGCACUAGCACGCCAUAAACAUGAAUCGCAACGGUAUCGGUACCUGUACACGAGCUAGGGCUCAGAACAAUGAUUCCGGCCACGCUUCAACACUAGUACACCAAAAACCUAGUUGCAUCGUACGUGCGUUGAAUUAUCACCAUAAUUGGCAAAAAGAUAACUGUCCGGGUGCAUGAUACUCUCCCAGUAGUUGAUACUUACAAUCUUAUUUUAUAUAUAUAAAGUAGGUAACAAACAGAAAGGCAAAUAUUUGAAUUAGGCGACGGCCUAACAUGUACUUGUAUUAGAUUUUUUUGUCGUAUAUAAUAUGACGACUAAAGCCAAAGCGUUCAUGACAUAAAAUGAAAUAACUACUAUUUUACGUAUGUUUUCUAACUAGAACAAAUGAAUGUGAGUUAUCGUUUUACAUUAUUAUUAUAAAGUUUCUAUUUUAUUACAUUAAGGUUGCCCAACAGACAACAUGUUUUAAUGAUUUGUAUGAAUUGUUGCCUGAAACAAAGGAAAAGCGCUGCAUUUCAGAUAAUUGAAACCUAUUUAUAUGUUUGUACUUGCAAUUUUAAGUUCUGUAUAUAAGUAAAGCGACACAUAAUGAUGUAAGAAUAACGAACUACCUACCUAGUAGGCUAUUUUUAAACCCGACUUAUUUUGCAUAAAAAGAAGUUGCCUAGUAAAUUAGUUUUAAAAUUCUAACUCGUGUCAUCUCAUCCGCAGACAUUAAUAAUUUUGUAGCAAUUUAAAUGAAAUAUGAUACGUUAUUAUUGGGUACUGUGUGUAUACAGCUGAAAUUAUUAAUUAGAGUUAAUAACAGUAAUACGAGUUUAUUUGAUCUUUUUUGUAGAAAGUGCUUGUAAGAAAUCCUUCAAUUAAACUCUACCGGUAUGCUGCACCAAAAAUCGUACAAAAUGUACAACAUAUAUUCAUACUUAUGGUUAUACUGUAAAAAAAAAUAUUAAUGCCUAUAUAUAGAAAUUAAAAAUGAACUUUUUGUAGUUGGGCAAAUACGAUAGCCAGCCAGCGGGGUGACUUUGAUUGCAGGGAUAAUCGUCCUUGCAAUAAAUAAUGCUAAAAAUACAUCCUUAGAUUACUUUGUUUAAAGCAAUGAAUUCAACGUGUGUCUGAACUUUAUGCCUAUAAAAGUUAUUCCUACGUCCUUUAUUUCAAUUAAUUACCGCUUGGCUGAUUAAACAAGUAAGUAGGUACCUAAGUAGAUACAAUAAGAACAAAACCUCAUAUUUUUAUUCGGGUGACUACAAUAAAUUCAAACUUUUUAAAAGAUUUAAAAACUUCUAAUUGGUUUUUCUUAUACGAGGGCUGGUCAGAAAGUAUGUGAAUAAUAUUUAUAACAUUGUAAAAGACAUUUUAAUGCUAAUUAUGGGCAUGAAAAUGUUUAAACUAAUGCGAAUAGUUUUCUCAUUAUAUAUUUUUACUGAAAGAUGUUAAGCUGAUAGAGUUAGAAAUGAAGUUAGAAAAGUGGAACUUUUUCCUCACAGUUAAACUAUUUUUUUUUGAAAUACGAACUUAAAUUGAAUUAUAUGCUUGCUUCAGCAGAUAGCAAUUUACAAAUUUAUAAAUGAGUUUAUAUACCUAUUAAAGCAGUUUUUAUAUCUGAAAUGUUACUUUAUAAAAUGAAAUGACUUCCUGUCGACGCCUAUACUCAUAAUUAUAUUUACCUUCUCAAUAACAACGAUUUAGAUGUAAUUAUAGUUCAGAUUCGCCAUUAGCAGCACCUAAAACAUCUAAUACUUUUUAAAACAAACACUGUUUAUAAAAUUAUUGCCAUGACUGUUGGUUAGGCUUCGAUAUGCCAAAGUAAAACAAUACUGUUUUCUAAAAAUGACACAUUGCAGUACUGAGUGACCCCUUAAAAUGGUUAUUUGGUUAUAUCUAAAUUCAAAUCGCCUUGACUAGAGGCGGAGCAUCUAACAACUUUCGGACCAGCCCUUGUACAGUCCUAGAAAGUUCUCCGAACUGUAUAUCUACAUAUUUAUGUAUAAAUAGAUAAUAAUAAUUUAAAGGAGUCGUGAAAGAGAUAUCUAGGUAGAAAAUAAGUCAAUAUUAACCGGCUUCAUAAAAGGAGGAGGUUGUCAAUUCGACCGUAUUUUUUGUAGUGAAUUUAUAAUAUUAGGUGCUAUUUCACUGGAACGUUUACCUUGGCUGUAUUAUCUUAAGCUGUUAUUAAUCAUUAAAGUCAUUGCUGAGGCUUUUUGUUUAAGAUAGACGUCAUUUUAUUUGUUACUUUAUAGCUAUUGUUAUAAAUAAAUAAGUAAGCUUAGAGUGCUCACUCCAUACAUAUAUAAAAAUAUAUUUAGGAAUAUGUAAUAAGUUUGAUAUACCUAUUUUUUAUUAAAGCUUAAAAAAACUUUAAAACGUGUUUAAAACUGCAAUAUUACAAAUAAAUUUUAGGUACCAAACCUCCUAUAUAACUUAUACCUGUAUUAUUAAUAAGUAAAGAAAGCCAUGUAUGGGGUGAGCACUCUAAGCUUACUUAUUUAUUUAUGCUUUUGUGUAGGUAAAUAAUAAUGAAUCAUUGCCGGUACUAUGUUUAUGUACUUAACAAUAGUCAAUUUAUGAAUUUGUGGGACUAUCAUUUGUUUUCAACGGUGUUAUGGCUGUAUGUGCAUAUCUAACCUAAUCUAACUUACUACUUGUAGUACAUGCAAACUAAAGUUUUGUUUUAAAGGUUGUGUUAAUAUUUUACACAUGAUUAAGUGUAAUAAAUUAUUUAGAUAUAAUA